GUCAUAAAAUAGUGAUGGCGCAGCCAAACACUUAUGAGGGACAUGAACCACAAACACUCGCAGAGUUCCAUUAACGUAGGAGCAGAGCUGAGCAGUUUGAUUUGCCAAUUCAAAGCUCAUCUUCCUGCUCUUACUAGAACCUUCCAAAUCAAUUUCCUCUAAUUAGGGUUUAUCUAGGGUUUAAUUACUCAUCCCAAUUCCCAAAACCAUAAUCCUACUUUCUCCUUCUCAAUACCCAAAUGCUUUGCUCCCAUGGCGUCACCCUCAUUAAUCGCCUUGCUCGUCGAUCUUUCUGUCACGCCAACGAUUCUGUUUAUCAAGCACUUUUCCAAAAGGGUUAUAGGGCAUUGAACUCUGGGCCUUGCAGUCCAGCUAGAGUUGUUGGUACUUUUGCAUCCAAUGUUGGAGAUGCCGUUAAUUUAAAGAAAUGGUUGCUAUUGGGAGCGGCAAAUAAAUAUUGGGGGGCAUCUAGAUCAAUUCAUGGCUCGGCAUCAUUGGCAAGAGACUAUUAUGAUGUUCUUGGUGUGAGUAAGAAUGCAAGUUCUUCUGAAAUAAAGAAAGCUUACUAUGGGCUUGCAAAAAAGCUCCAUCCAGAUACAAACAAAGAUGAUCCUCAAGCUGAAAAGAAGUUUCAAGAAGUUUCAAUAGCAUAUGAGGUUUUGAAGGAUGAGGAAAGGCGUCAACAGUAUGAUCAGCUUGGUCAUGAUGCUUAUGUAAACCAACAAAGCACUGGUUUUGGAGGCGAGGGUGGCUUCAAUCCUUUUGAGCAGAUAUUCCGUGAUCAUGAUUUUGUCAAGAGCUUCUUCCAUGAGAAUAUUGGUGGAGAGGAUGUCAAGACUUUUAUUGAACUAUCUUUUAUGGAAGCAGUACAAGGGUGCACCAAAACUUUGACAUUUCAAACGGAUGUGCUUUGUAAUGCUUGUGGUGGCAGUGGUGUUCCUCCUGGUACUAGGCCUGAAACUUGUAAGCCGUGUAAAGGGUCCAGAGUGUUAUUUGUACAAGCUGGCAUAUUCAGAAUGGAGAGUACUUGUGGUACCUGCAAAGGAACUGGAAAAAUUGUAUCGGAUUACUGCAAGUCUUGCAGGGGUGCAAAGAUUGUCAAAGGAAUGAAGUCGAUCAAGUUGGAUAUUAUGCCUGGGAUAGACAGCAACGAGACCAUAAAGGUUUAUAGAAGUGGUGGAGCAGAUCCUGAUGGAGAUCAACCUGGUGAUCUUUAUGUUACUAUCAAGGUUAGAGAAGACCCUGUUUUUCGCAGAGAAGGAUCUGAUAUUCAUGUAGAUGCUGUUUUAAGUAUCACUCAGGCAAUUUUGGGGGGAACUAUUCAAGUCCCAACUCUUACUGGAGAUGUUGUACUUAAGGUUCGCCCAGGCACCCAACCUGGUCAGAAAGUGGUUUUGAAAAAGAAAGGGGUCAAGACUAAAAAUUCUUGCACAUUUGGGGAUCAAUAUGUUCAUUUUAAUGUCAACAUCCCAACAAACCUGACACAGAGACAGCGUGAAUUAAUUGAAGAGUUUGCCAAGGAAGGACAAGAGGAAUGUGAUAAACGGAGAGCUGCUUCGGCUUCUGGUUGAAAACUUUUGCAGAAUCUCCUCUAUUUGUUUAUUGUCAAGUCAUAUGCUCAACUAGGUGGGAACCCACUUGUUAGAAGUUUUGUAGGAGCAUUAAAGUUUUUUUUUUCUUUGCCCCAUCCACAUAUAGUGUAUGUAAUAUUUUUUUUUUUGUCACAAGUGAUGUUAACAAUUUAAAUUUUAAGGUCAGUAUUUAGAAGACAAUUCCCUUGUGGUUAUACAUCAGUGGAAUACUAGUCAUGUUGUACAUAUUUUUUCUUUUAGCAGGAGUGCAAGUCACAAACUGUCAUUCUUUUUGUACCAUGGGUAGAAGAGCUUGGUUAAACUAGGCUUUACAAGGUCUAAGAUUGGCAUGCAUCUUAAUCUAAAGUUUGGACGAGGCCGGUUUACAUGACAGGCCUUUAUUUUUUUUCCA